AUGGCUUCAAAGUUUCUACGAGAAUAUAAAUUGGUCGUCGUCGGUGGUGGUGGAGUCGGAAAGUCAUGCUUGACGAUUCAAUUGAUCCAGAGCCACUUUGUGGACGAAUAUGACCCGACAAUCGAAGAUUCAUACCGCAAGCAGUGCGUCAUCGACGAUGAAGUCGCGCUGUUGGACGUCUUAGAUACCGCCGGUCAGGAGGAAUACUCAGCCAUGCGAGAACAAUACAUGCGGACGGGCGAGGGUUUCCUUCUGGUUUACUCGAUAACGUCGCGCCAAUCGUUCGAGGAAAUCAUGACAUUCCAACAACAGAUUCUCCGGGUGAAGGACAAGGACUACUUCCCCAUCAUCGUCGUCGGCAACAAGUGCGAUCUCGAGAGGGAGCGAGUGGUGACGGAACAAGAGGGUGAGGCUCUCGCACGGCAGUUCGGGUGCAAGUUUAUCGAAACCUCCGCCAAGUCCCGCAUCAACGUCGAAAACGCAUUCUACGACCUCGUCCGCGAGAUCCGCCGGUACAACAAGGAGAUGUCAUCCCACCCAUCCGGCUCAGGUGCCUUCGGAGCCCGCGCCCCAGAGGGCAAGAUGGACGUCAGCGAGCCCGGUGAGAGCGCCGGGUGCUGCGGAAAGUGUAUUGUUAUGUAA